GAUCUCGUUAGCAUUUCCCUAUAAAAGCGGAUGCCACCCGCAGCGCGUCAAGGGUUCUAGGGUUUUUUUCUUCCCUGAACUGAAAUCGCGUUUUGCACUCUCCUGGAGAGGAAUUUAAGGAUCAUGGCAGGUGGAAAUUUCAUGCACAGGGUGAUUUCUUACGUUGCUAAUGAGUUAAUCGUCAAUGGUCUAGCAAACAGCCCUGCUUUUCAGAGGUUUGCAGUGAGGACGUCCAAGAGAAUAGAGGACAUUUCUAAUAUGGCUGCACAGAAGAGGCAAGUACUUAAAGAGCAGUUGCAGGACUUAUCCAAGAAUCUCGAGUCUAACAAAAACCAGUGAUGAAUCAUACCUAAUUCGAGUUAACAUGCAGCAGUGUCUCCUUGUGAACUACUGAUCCGAAUGGUGCCCCAGUGUAUAUAUACUUGUGUUUUCUUUCUCGUGUAAUGUGAUAAUUAACAACAAAUUUCCCUAUUUUGGGUACAAAGGUUACAUCACGCAAGCUCUUUAAAUGCAUUAAUUUUAUUAGUAAUAAAAACCAGCAUAUAUUUCCUUUUCCUGUA